GAAUGGCGUCGUUUUAAGGACUGGAAAUAUCACAUAUCUAACUAUCCAAGUGUCUCCCUCUCGUCUUCUACAUUCUGCAACAGAAAAACCAGAAAAACUCUGAGCUCCGGUCACUGGCUCUGGAUUGUUAUGUACACGCCGGAGAAUUGAGCUAAGGUACUUCCAUGGCGAUUGUGGCUUCUAUGCCACGUCUCAAUCUCUUCUCUUCACUCCCGUCUAACUCACCCCGGAAUGACCCAACAGCCUCUACCUCUUCUCCCCAACCACCCAUCCCCAUCCCCAAAUACCCUCCUCCCCUCAAAAAAUCCAAAAAUUCUGAGUCUUCCGCUACCUCCCCAGCCUUCAAGCUUCCCCACCGUCGAACCAAGUACUACAAACCAGUUAAAGACGGCGUCCUGUCAUCCGAAGGCGACCGCUCCGUCCUCGUUGGCGAGAAUGGUGUCUCAUAUCUCCUUCCUGGGGCUCCUUUCGAGUUUCAGUAUAGCUACUCCGAGACUCCUAAAGUCAAGCCUGUAGCUAUCCGUGAGCCCGCUUUUUUGCCGUUCGCUCCUCCUACAAUGCCACGACCAUGGACGGGAAAAGCCCCUCUGAAGAAGUCGAAGAAGAAGAUUCCUCUUUUCGGUUCGUUUAAUGUCCCUCCGCCUGAUAAAGAAGGCGCGAAGUACUUGGAAAUGACUGGCCCGUUCCCGUUGGGGAGGUUUCCGGAGGAAGGGAAAUCGAUAAAGGAGAUACUGGGGGAACCGUUGAAGAAAUGGGAAAUCAAAAUGCUUAUUAAGCCUCUGUUGUCCGAUAAUCGCCAGGUUAAUCUCGGUAGGGACGGAUUGACGCAUAACAUGCUGGAGUUGAUACAUUCACAUUGGAGAAGGAAACCUGUGUGUAAAGUUCGUUGUAAGGGCAUCCCAACGGUGGAUAUGGAUAAUGUUUGCCGCCAUUUGGAGGAAAAAGCUGGUGGAAAAGUCAUUCAUAGAGUUGGUGGUAUAGUUUACCUUUUUCGUGGCAGACACUAUGAUUAUCGAACUCGUCCACAAUACCCAGUGAUGCUUUGGAAACCAGCAGCUCCAGUUUAUCCAAAACUCAUUCAAGAAGCUCCCGAAGGAUUGACAAAAGCUAAAGCUGAUGAAUUACGAAAGAAAGGGAAGAAUCUUUUGCCAAUAUGUAAAUUAGCCAAAAAUGGAGUUUACAUUACCUUGGUAAGAGAUGUUAGGACUGCUUUUGAAGGAAGUCCAUUGGUGAAGAUUGACUGCAAAGGGAUGAAUCCGAGUGAUUACAAGAAGUUGGGUGCAAAGCUUAAGGAAUUGGUCCCAUGCGUGCUGUUGUCUUUUGAUGAUGAGCAAAUAUUGAUGUGGAGGGGACAAAACUGGAAAUCAAUGUAUCCAGAAGUUCCUUCUGUUUCAAUUCCUGCCAAAGUUGAUGAUACAAAUAAUUCAGAUGAUUCAGGCAAACUUGAUGAUGAUUGUAGUGAUCCUGAUACUAAUAUAGUGCAUUCAAGCCCAAAAAUGAUGUCCUUAUGGAAACGUGCAAUUGAGGCGAACAAGGCAAUCUUACUAGAUGAACUCGAUCUUGGUCCUGAUGAUCUUCUGAGGAAGGUCGAGGAGUUCGAGAACAUUUCACAAGCCACAGAACAUUCAUAUCCUGCUUUAAUUUUGUCUAGAGAGGAUGGUGCCGAUAAUAUAAUAUCAGCGUUUGAAGAUAGCUCACCGAGUGAAAGUCUCGGUGAAGAUGGCACAUAUACGGAUGAGUACGAAGACGAUGAUGAGUAUGAAGACAAUGAAUAUUAUGAUAGCGACUCUUCCGAAGAGGUAGACGCUUCGGUCCCUCUAGGAUCAUUACCUGUUGAUCUGAUAGCGGACAAACUCGAUCAAGCAUAAUAAAACAGUAGACGCUUCAGUCCCUCUAAGCUGGUGCAGUGAUAUUUGGACAGAGAGAAGAUUAGAAGAUUGGAACUGAAAGUUGCUGAAAGUCAAAAACUGAAGAAAAUUUCUGCAACAUUUAUAGAAUAAUUGAAAGGACUGCAUUAUUUUGCCCAUGCUUUGGGAGGUUAUAGAAUACCUACCUUUAUUCAUGUACGUAGAAUAUUGCAAUUAUGCUGUAUCUUUUCUUACAAUGAUUUCCUGUCUCUAUUGCAAGACAGAGUAAUUGAAUAUAUAUCAUUUCGUGGA